GCCAGUGGAUGAAGUCAAUAGAAGUGUGUGGGUCGCGCCGAGGAGUGAGAUAAAGUGUGAUUCAGGCGCGCGCCCGGAAGGUUUAAACGUAAACAAAUAUCGCCCGCUAGCUAAGGCUGUUAAAGGCAUAGCUCUCAUAUAGUAUUAUCUCGAGGGAUGGCUUUUCUGAGAUCUGUAAUACUAUGUAGCUUGUCGCGAAAGUUACGGAAAACGCUCCACAACGGCAAUGGUAAUUCCUCGUUAGUUCGGUUGUCUACACCAGCACAUUCACUUGAAACACCAAAAUUCAAAUCGACGCACGCUGCGAGUGCAAUUGGUUUCGACACCGAUGUCCAGAAAUCAGAAAGCCAAUAUCCGAAAGAUCCAUUGGACCUCGCUUUUGAAGAUCCAGAGGCAUCGUUCAAGAGUAAAACCACAUGGGAAGUGCUACGAGCAUAUAUUGUCUACACGUUAUGUACUUCGGAAUACCUGGUCGAAAAUAAUAUGAAGCUAAUGAAGAUGGCGAAGAGCGUUCUGGGCGAGCGCCUGUUCCGCGCGCUCAUGAAGGGCACCUUCUACGGCCACUUCGUCGCCGGCGAGGACCAGAUCCGCAUCCGGCCCACGCUGGAGCGGCUGCGCUCCUUCGGCGUCAAGCCCAUCCUGGACUACUCGGUGGAGGAGGACAUCAGCCAGGAGGAGGCUGAGCGCCGCGAAGUCGAGGGGAGCGUAUCUGAAGCAGGAGAUGACAAAUCACAAGGGAACCUGGCAGCUAUCUUCAGGCGAGCAGGCAAUAGCGUUCAGCAGGCCCCCAUCUGUGCGAGGCUAUUACAUUCAGACCCUGCUGCUUACGAAUACGAUUCAGCAAAAAGAACGAUGCCUCAGUAUCACGUAUCGAAGAACUUUGCCGACCGGCGCUACAAAGUUCAGAGUGCUCGCACGUACUUCUACCUCAAUGAAGCCCAGUGUGAACGCAACAUGGAAACAUUCCAGGAUUGUUUGGAGGCUGUCUCAGGUGCAACGUAUGGGACAGGGUUUUGUGCUAUCAAACUUACAGCACUUGGAAGACCACAGCUCUUGUUGCAGUUGUCGGAAGUGAUAAUGCGAACACGACAAUAUUUGACAGACGUUGUUGGUGGUACGGGUAGUGUUAUCUCCCACCAUGUCGGACCCGAAGUUCUCGAGAAGAAGUUCGAGCAGGCUUGUCUGCUGAGUGAAGCGCCAGUCAAAAAGUUCCUCGACAAGAUCACGUAUGACCAGGAGGGGAUGAUCCAUCUGUUCCCUUGGAGUGGCAUCAUAGAUGAAAAUCAGCAGCUGAGUGAGACCUUCAGAGUGCCAGAUCUCAAAACAGGGCGAAUGGUUCGGCUCAUCACACAGCUUACCUCAAAAGAAGAAGAAAUGUUUAGAAACAUGAUUCGUCGUGUAAACACUCUUGCAAAGAUGGCACAAGAUCUGGAUGUACGUAUAAUGAUUGAUGCUGAGCAGACUUACUUUCAACCUGCAAUUUCUCGUAUCACAGUAGAAUUCAUGCGAAAAUAUAACAAGAAAAAGGCUGUUGUAUUUAACACAUAUCAGUGCUACCUGAAGGACACAUAUAAUGAGUGUACCACAGAUCUGGAACAAGCAAAGAGGCAGAAUUUCUACUUUGGAGCAAAGCUUGUGCGUGGAGCUUACCUGGAACAGGAACGCGCUAGAGCUGCAGCCCUCGGGUAUCCCGAUCCAACAAAUCCUUCAUUUGAGGCGACGACUGAGAUGUACCACCGUACACUGACUGAGUGCCUUCGUAGGAUAAAGGAUCUGAAGGAUGCAGGAGAGGAGAGGAAGAUUGGUAUAAUGGUUGCCAGUCACAAUGAAGAUACUGUUCGUUUCGCUAUUGAAAAAAUGAAGGAGAUUGGCAUCUCACCAGAAGACAAAGUAAUUUGCUUUGGACAACUACUGGGAAUGUGUGACUACAUUACAUUCCCUCUAGGCCAGUCAGGGUAUUCAGCGUACAAGUACAUCCCGUACGGUCCAAUUGAGGAGGUGCUGCCGUACUUGUCGAGAAGAGCUCAAGAAAAUAAGGGUGUUCUAAAAAAAAUUAAUAAGGAAAAGAAGCUGCUAUUGCAGGAGCUCGGUCGUCGUAUUGUGAGAGGAAAGAUCUUCUACAAGCCUCAGGGACAUUAUCUUCCUGUCUGAACUGCCUUAAUUUUGCAUCGAGACUUCCGUCGCUGUAGAGUUUUGGCUGAAGCAUCUUCAUCUUAGAGAGAGAUUCUUCCGAGCUGCUCCUUUCUUAUUUUCUCUGGUUUCUGCCCUGCAGAAUUCCUCAGCAGAUGAUGUGUACCAGAUGUAAACUUUAUUUCAGCUGGAACUUAAUGGUGCAGCUAAGACUUGGAAAUACUGUGGGUAGUAGACAACAAUAUUCUCUUCCUCUCAGCAGUGCUGAGAUUGGUUUCAGAAAGUUGGUGUGACAGCCCAUUGCACUGGCUAAUUUACUGGAUUUUUUUAGACAAAAUGUGAAGACUGUUUUGAAAGUGUGACUUCUUCAUGCAGACACUGGAGAAAGAAAAUGUUUUUAAAGUGCUUUUUCAGACUGGAUGUGAUUUGUUUUUGGUAGCAAGUGUGUGUGUGUGUGUGUGUGUGUGUGUGUGUUUGUAAUUAGCCUUUUGCUUGAACAUUGUUGUUAUGAUGUAAAUAUAUACAUAUAUAGUUGUCCACACUGUAGUAAAUGUAAAUAUAAAUUAAUGUGAACAUUUUAUCUGUAGUUUAUAUAUGUUUGUGUGUGUGUGUGUUUAUUUUUCUUUUAUCAUGUAACUGUAGGCAUUAAAAAACUACACAGAA